AUGCUGCUUAGGCUGAGAAUGAGACAGGCGGGGCUCGGCCUGCUGGCUGUGCGAAGGCUGUGCUGGCUGCCCCGAGCCGCUCACACCUCUGCCCAGAAGGUGGAGUACAAGCCCAUAAAGAAGGUCAUGGUGGCCAACCGAGGUGAGAUCGCCAUUCGUGUGUUCCGGGCCUGCACAGAGCUGGGUAUCCGCACUGUGGCCGUCUACUCUGAGCAGGACACGGGCCAGAUGCACCGGCAGAAGGCUGAUGAGGCCUACCUGAUUGGCAAGGGGCUGACUCCCGUGGCUGCCUAUUUGCACAUCCCUGACAUCAUCAAAGUGGCCAAGGAGAAUAACGUCGAUGCCAUCCAUCCCGGCUACGGCUUCCUGUCGGAGCGCUUCGACUUUGCGCAGGCGUGUGCCGACGCCGGCGUCCGCUUCAUCGGCCCCUCCCCCGAGGUUGUCCGCAAGAUGGGCGACAAAGUGGAGGCUCGCGCCAUCGCCAUCCGCGCAGGUGUGCCAGUGGUCCCAGGGACGAACGCCCCCAUCUCCUCCCGGCAAGAAGCCCAGGAGUUCGCCAACACCUACGGCUUCCCCAUCAUCUUCAAGGCAGCGUACGGGGGUGGGGGGCGAGGAAUGCGGGUCGUGAGGGACUAUGAGGAGCUGGAGGAGAACUACCAGCGGGCAUACUCUGAGGCACUGGCAGCGUUUGGCAACGGUGCCCUCUUCGUGGAGAAGUUCAUCGAGAAGCCGAGACACAUCGAGGUGCAGAUCCUGGGUGACAAAUACGGCAAUGUCAUCCACCUGUACGAGAGAGACUGCUCCAUCCAGAGGAGGCACCAGAAGGUGGUGGAAAUCGCCCCGGCUGCCCAGCUGGACCCACACUUGAGGGACAGGCUGACCGCCGACUCCGUCAACUUGGCCAAGCAGGUUGGCUAUGAGAAUGCAGGGACUGUGGAGUUCUUGUUGGAUAAACAUGGGAAGCACUACUUCAUCGAGGUCAACUCCCGCCUGCAAGUGGAGCACACCGUCACUGAGGAAAUUACAGAUGUGGAUCUGGUACACGCCCAGCUGCGGGUGUGCGAGGGCCAGAGCUUGCCGGAGUUGGGCCUCAAGCAGGACAAGAUCCGCAUCAAUGGCUGUGCCAUCCAGUGCCGAGUGACCACCGAAGACCCAGCCCGCGGCUUCCAGCCUGACACAGGCCGCUUGGAGGUCUUCCGCAGUGGGGAGGGCAUGGGUAUCCGGCUGGACAGUGCCUCAGCCUUCCAGGGUGCUGUCAUCUCGCCCCAUUAUGACUCCCUCCUGGUCAAGGUCAUCUCCAGCGGCAAGGACCUCCAAACCGCAGCCACCAAGAUGAGCCGUGCCCUUGCGGAAUUCCGUGUCCGUGGCGUCAAGACGAACAUCCCGUUCCUGCAGAACGUGCUGAGCAAUGACCAGUUUCUCCAUGGGACGGUGGACACCCAGUUCAUCGACGAGAACCAGGAGCUCUUCAACCUGAAACCCGUGCAGAACCGGGCCCAGAAGCUGCUGCACUACCUGGGUCACGUGAUGGUGAACGGCCCCACCACCCCCAUCCCGGUGAAGGCCAAGCCGUCCUCCGUCGAUCCUGUCGUGCCUCCUGUUCCUCUGGGCGAGCCACCUCUCGGCUUCCGGGAUGUUCUCCUGCGGGAGGGUCCCGAGGGCUUUGCACGGGCAGUGCGGGCCCACCAGGGUCUGCUCCUCAUGGACACCACCUUCCGCGAUGCCCACCAGUCGCUGCUGGCCACACGCGUGCGUACCCAUGACCUCAAGAAGAUCGCGCCCUUCGUCGCCCACAACUUCAGCAACCUUUUCAGCGUGGAGAACUGGGGUGGUGCCACCUUUGAUGUGGCCAUGCGCUUCCUGUCUGAGUGCCCAUGGCGUCGGCUGCAGGAAUUGCGGGCGCUGAUGCCCAACGUGCCUUUCCAGAUGCUGCUGCGGGGCGCCAACGCCGUGGGCUACACCAACUAUCCCGACAACGCCGUCUACAAGUUUUGCGAGGUGGCCAAGGAGAACGGCAUGGACAUCUUCAGGGUUUUCGACUCCCUCAACUACCUGCCCAACAUGAUCCUGGGCAUGGAGGCUGCCGGGGCGGCGGGUGGCGUGGUGGAGGCUGCCAUCUCCUACACGGGCGACGUGUCAGAUCCCACGCGGCAGAAGUACUCACUAGAGUACUACCUGAAGCUGGCGGACGAGCUGGUCAAGGCUGGGACACACAUCCUGGCCAUUAAGGACAUGGCCGGGCUCCUGAAACCCGAGGCCAGCCGCCUGCUAAUCGGCGCCCUGCGUGAUCGCUUCCCCGAGGUGCCCAUCCAUGUGCACACGCACGACACGGCGGGGGCCGGUGUAGCGGCCAUGCUGGCGUGCGCCGAGUCCGGGGCGGACGUUGUGGACGUGGCCGUGGACUCCAUGGCAGGGAUGACGUCGCAGCCCAGCAUGGGGGCCCUCGUGGCCUGCACCAAGGGCACCGAUCUCCACACAGGCAUUUCCCUGGAGAAGGUCUUUGACUACAGCGAGUACUGGGAGGUGGCCCGCGGCCUCUACGCCCCCUUCGACUGCACGGCCACCAUGAAGUCGGGCAACGCCGACGUCUACGAGAACGAGAUUCCCGGCGGCCAGUACACCAACCUGCAUUUCCAGGCCCACAGCAUGGGGCUGGGCCACAAGUUCAAGGAGGUGAAGAAGGCCUACGUGGAGGCCAACAAGCUGCUGGGCGACCUCAUCAAGGUGACACCAUCCUCCAAGAUCGUGGGAGACCUGGCCCAGUUCAUGGUGCAAAACUCCCUCACGCGAGAGGAGGUGGAGAAGCAGGCGGAUGAGCUGUCCUUCCCACUGUCGGUGGUGGAGUUUCUGCAGGGCUACGUCGGCACCCCCUAUGGUGGCUUCCCCGAGCCCUUCAGGUCCAAGGUGCUGAAGUCCCUCCCGCGUGUGGAAGGCCGUCCCGGCACCUCUCUGCCACCUAUGGAUUUCACCGCCCUAGAGAAGCAGCUGAAGGCGGCACACAGUGAUGACAUCACCCCAGAGGAUGUGAUGUCAGCAGCCAUGUAUCCUAAAGUCUACCAGGAGUUCAAGGAGUUCACUUCCAACUUUGGCCCCGUGGAAUGCCUCAACACUCGGCUCUUCCUGGACGGGCCUAAGAUUGCCGAGGAGUUUGAGGUGGAGCUGGAACGAGGGAAGACCCUUCACAUCAAAGCCCUGGCUCUGGGGGAUCUGAAUAAGGCUGGUCAGAGGGAGGUCUUCUUCGAGCUCAACGGCCAACUCCGAUCCGUCCUGGUCAAAGAUGCUGUGGCCAUGAAGGAGAUGCAUUUCCACCCCAAGGCCCUGAAGGACGUGCGAGGCCAGGUCGGAGCUCCCAUGCCGGGGAAGGUGGUGGAGGUGAAGGUGAAGGCUGGUCAGAAGGUGGAGAAGGGCCAGCCGCUCUGCGUGCUCAGCGCCAUGAAGAUGGAGACAGUGGUCAACUCUCCCCUCUCUGGCACCAUCGCCAAGAUCUAUGUGACGCCCGACAGCAGUCUGGAGGGUGAUGACCUCAUCUUAGAGAUCAAUGAGUAGGCUUGGAAGCAGCCAGUGGGCUGUAGAUAUAGAAUUACUAGAAUUGCUUUCUGCCCAUUCACUGUAAUGGUCCUAAUGUAUGAGUUUUGGCUAUUGGAUGUAAAAUAUAAAAUCUUAGUGGAAAUUAAAUAAUAUGUCUAUCUAAGAUGGUCUAUGUCUUUGUUCAUGAGAAAAUAUAUGAUUGUGGGACUUAUGAAGCUAUUUAUACCUCUAAGCUAUUCCCACUAUAUGCAUCUAAACAGACAUUUAAUGAGGACAUGAACAAUGAAAACAAAUAUGGCACAGAAAGUGGAACCCAUCUAGAAAUUCUGUAUCUACGUCAGGGACUUUGCUAUUAUAUAUAUAAUAUAUAUAUAAUAUAUAUAUAUAUAUAUAUAUAUGUGUGUGUGUGUGUGUGUGUAUAUGUGAAUGAUAUCUAUACAGGUAUAUAUGAUAUAUAUGAUUAUAUAUUGUUACCCAAAGCAGAAAUCUGACCUGCUGUUUCAAGGAAGGGAGGAGAGAAAAACAGAAUUAUUUUUCAGAUGAAUGACUUUAGUUUUUAAAUUAAUGAACAAAUGAGGGUGCAAUUAGCAGGGGCUAAUGAGGGACGGGGGAAGAUGUCUCGCAGCAUUUUAUGCUGCGCCAGCUCUGUUGGGCCCUUACCGUUCCCAGUCACCUUAUUUCACGCGCAUGUACGACAUGGUAGCCUGGGGUGGGUCUUUCAUGUCACUGUCCCUCUCGCCAGUGAUUUGCGAUGCUGAAUUUGAUGUUUUGGGGCUUGUUCUCUGUGCGUCGCGGGAAAAAAAUUGCCAUUCUACCAUUUGUGCCAUGUGUCAGCAGGUGCUUGUGCCACUAAUGAUGGCCACCGCAAGCUGAAAACCCGCAGUGACGUUUUCGUCACAUUACAGGAGAUGAAAAUGGUCUUGUGGAGUUUACAUUAUUAAACACUUUUUUUAGACUGCAUCACAUCCAGCAUAAGUGCAGAGGCAUUCAUGGCACACAGAUGAGUCCUGAAUUCUUUAAUAAAGCAAUAAAUUAAUGCGAUUAUAUUAAACUGAGGUCAGAUAAAAACUGCAUUACUUCUGACCUAGCCAUGGAAUAUCACUUGACUAUUAUCACUCUACUGUUAUAUUACCAGGGCAUAUUUUUUACAAAUAAUUAAAAUUGUGAUUUUUUUUUUUUUUUUUUAGGUGGGGGGGGGGGGGGGUUAUUGGACAAUCACUUGAUUAUUCCUGCUUAUUGUCAAAGUUGCACAAUUAAUAGGCAGAAAUUCCAGAAAACACAGGCGAACCCCCCAUCACUGUUGGACUCUAUUCCAGGUUUGCGUUUAGAAGUGUUUGAAACAUUGUUUGCAUCUGUUUAUUAGAUAGAAUGAGUAUUUGAUUCGUUAUGAAAUGUUUGUUUUUCUUUUUUGUAAAUUAUUACUGGUGCCUAUUUUUACCAGUUGCCUUGUAUAGCAGAAGCGUAAGAGGGGAGAGAAAGUGAUGCAAACAUAAUGUGCCGUUAAAUGGCAUUUCUGAGAAAUGGCAAAGAGCACAGAGACACUGUCUCCUUACAUCAUCCCAGUGCUGAAUGAAACAGACUGUAGCUGAUCUGCAGCCAGUUCAACCUUUUUCUGCUGUGUGAACUGGGCUCAGAAUAAUGCACAAUAAUGUGAAAAUAUUCCAGCCUCUUUUUUUUUUUAUGGUAAAUGCUUCACUGCUGUAGCUUGUAAGGGGUCAAGCGCUUGCAUAAUAUUUUGAGGUGGUUCGAUGCCGAACGACAGCUUGCAAACAUGAGCUGAAGCUGCGUGGCCGAGGUUGAAAGAGUUCAUUGGGUGAGGUUUGUUCAGGAAAUCCUACAGAAAUGUCCAGCAGGUGAUUACAGUCACUUGGUGGUAAUGCCUUCAGUCUUUAAACAUGAUAAUGCUGAUUCAGUUUAUGAAAGUGGAAGAAAUCAAAUUCGGCCUCUUCAGAUCACAAAUAUGUGGCAUGUGCAAAGUUAGCCAUGAAAACACUGAAUUCUCAAUAAGUGCCAUUAUCUGUGAAAGCAAGACGUGUUUUAAGCCAAAAACAAUAGUAUAAAAUUUGGAUUAUAUUAAAAAUUAUAGACUAGUAAUGGUUAUGAUUAUGUUGGGCUGUCCUCCAUAUGCUAAUGAAUAGACAUAGAACCAAACUAUCAUAUAGGCCCAUGUUCUGGUAUGUAGAGUUUCUUCAUUGUAGAAAGAUAUUCUCCUUUCUGGAGAAUAUUUCAGUCCACAUCCUGAAUUGCUGUAGAUGCAAGAUAACGCUAAGCACAAUGCAGAAAUAAAACACAUUGUUUUCAGGGGAAACCUGGAUUUAGAAAUGCCCUUUCAAUGUAACAAAGUAAGACAUAAUGAGCAGAACAGAUGUACCAUAUACCAAAAUCAGCAGCAACGUAAUUUCUUUGAGCAGAGACAAGGGACUUAAACACUUGUGAAGCUGUAGUCUCAGGUGUUGGGUGGUGUGUGUUUCACAUUUGUGUGUGUGUGUGGAGCUGUGAAAAUGGGUGAUUAUUCCAGUUUCAUCCCAGUGCCCGUUAUUAGUGACUAGAAAAAUGUCAAAAGUAAUUAUGAGAAAAAACCUGAAUAAUGACAUACAUUGACACAUUUACAGCAAACAAUUUCAGUGGAGCGGGAAAUGUGAAAUGUGUUUUGCCAAUUUCCUGAAACACUCAAUUUCUUUGAAGCUAUAGAUCUGCAUGUAGGAACAGAGCAGAUUUCAAACUACUUAAUAGUGGUAGCGCUAUAUUUCUAUAUCUGCUCUACAAGUGCUCGUGUUCAGUGUUAAAUACAUGUGUAAAAAAAGAUUUGAUCCAUAUAUAUGUCACCUAAAUGAGGUAUUGUGAAUGAAGUGUGUUCAUUAAAGGUCAACGUUAGCUGUGUGAUCGAAAACUUUACCAUCGCUCUAUUGUAUUUCUUGUUCAUGAAAUCUGAAUUUGUGAGUCUCUCCAUCUGUUUCUUAAAAUCAGUUUCUCAAGUGCUUCAAUGCAUUUUCUGUGUUUUGGUUAUUGAUUCAGUUUUGUGAAAUAUGCAAUAUGAGACAUCAAUAAGGAAAAUAAAGGACAGGAUACAGAUUG